UUUCUUUAGCAGUCACGUGACCUUACGUCAUGGGGAACCAGCAGCAGUUUUGACAACAAGCACGGGUGUGACAGUGUAUUCAUCAAUUUCUUGGCCAGUUCACUUAAUUACAGUGUGUUCUGAUUGUUGUUCGUCGAACCGGCAAGCAAUACGCUACUCGCGUGCUGAGUGACAGUGAUAUUAAGUGCGGAAAUAUUCGUAAAUUUGUAACCUUCGAUCCUGUUAGUGACCCAGUGGCACCAAUUUUCGUGAGAACUCAUCGGUGUCAGACUUUCAUCAUUCAGGACAAUCGUGCCGAAAUCGAUGAAAUUGUGACCCUUUUUUCGAAUCAGAAGAUAUAGGUGACGAGGACAUACAUUAUUGCAAGUAUGAUGGAUUUAGGUGAUAACCCAGUGACUUUGAUUGUCAAAGCACCAAAUCAGAGAAUUGCUGACCAAACAGUCGACUGCUUCCUGGAAUGGACUGUAAGAAAGUUGAAAGAACAUUUAGAAAACGUCUACCCUAGUAACCCCAAACAUAAUCAACAGAAGCUUAUCUACUCGGGCAAGUUACUACAAGAUCACGUCACACUCAAGGAGGUGCUCAGACAGCUUGAUGAAGCAUCACUUCACACUGUCCACCUCGUCUGUGCUGGAGGAACAGAGGGAUCCUAUGUUGAAAGUACAGUUGAAACACAGAUAGAUCCGACCCCAUCCAGCUCUAGUCACUCGACAGAUUCAGCAGAAGGUAUCCGGUAUCGCGGACCCACAAUGCCAGGCAUGGAGCAGCUCCAGCUUGGCGGCAACGUGAUGGCCCCUCCGAUGAUGAUGCCCCCUGGCUAUGGCGGCUACAGCCCCGAGCAGUACCUGUGGAUGCAGCAGAUGUAUGCCCAGUACAUGACACAGUACAUGCAAUACUACAACAAUGCCUACCCUCAGACACCACCUGCCUCCCCAGCAACUACUGCCGUUGCCGAGGGACGUCCAGCCAAUCAGAACCAACCUGCCCCAGCAGCAGCUGCUCCAGCCAAUCCUAACAUGCGUAUGAAUGCCCAGGGUGGGAUGGUUGAAGAUGACGAUGAGGAGGAUGUGGAACAUCGGGACUGGCUAGAUUACAUCUAUAUCUUAUUUCGCUUCCUCGUCCUUCUCAGCAUUGUCUACUUCUACUCCACCUUUAGCAGAUUCGUCGCUGUCUUUAUAGGAUUUGUCAUCAUAUAUUUUUUACAAAAGGGCUGGUUAAAUCUCAGAAGAAAUCCAAAUCCACCUCAAAGACAACAGCAGCCACCAGCAGCAGCAGAAGUGGUGCCACAGGUACCACAGGUACCACAGGAAGCCGAGCCACAGCAGGAGCAACAGGCAAAUGCAACAGAGAAUCAACAGGCUGAAGAAGGCAGUGAAGCUGCCCCAACCCCAGAUGUCCCCGGACAAAGCGCCCAACCAGUGCAGGAAGCGCGACAAGGCAUUAUCGCAAUGGUGUGGUGCUUUGUGUCAACAUUCAUCACAUCACUCGUCCCACAACAGCCCCCAGCUGUCAAUGGCAACUGAUUCUGGGAUAUAACUGCAGGUGAAAACUGUGGACCGGUUUCAUGUGUCAGAAUCAUGUAGAGAGCCAUGAACCCAUGCUGUUUUCUACAAUGAGAGUGACUUGUGCCUUGGCUUGACCGCUCAUCAGAAGAACUGUAGUUUUCCUUUUCACAGCUGGGGCAGUUUACCCUUGGAUUUGGAACCCAAAUUUCUGAAUCUAAAUACUGAAAUCAGUCUACCUGUACAGGAAUACAACUAAACACUUUUUAUGUGUUUUGCCAUAUUAAAUUCUUCAUCAUUUUGUUCCUUCCAUCCUAAAUUAGUUUGUGCAGAAAAAAUGCACACCAAAAAGCAAGACAAGAAAAAGACACACAUUGUGUUUUUCAUCCAUUGUGAACGGUGUUUUGUGAAUGAAAGCUUGCCAGACAAACACAUACAUUUUUCAUUUAUACAGAAUUGUGUGGUGGAAUUUUGAAAUCCACGUUAUUGUGUGUUAAGUGUUUGUUAAUGAUAUCACUAAUUAAUUGACAGUUUGUGAUAGGCCAUAUUUGGCUGUCCCUAUAUCCAUGUGCAAUAAACCCAAAAUAGAAGUUCCCCUGAAACUUUCUCUGACAUGCUGACAAGGAUUAUAUCCCUUAGAACAUGGAUCUCAUGUCCAAAUUUCAAAAAAGAUCUGAGAAAUUCCAUAAAGUAAGUGUAAAAUAGUACAUCCAGUUCCGGCUUUGUUGGUUAAAGUGUGGAAAGUAUGAUCAAGAAAAGUAAAGGUGACAGUUUAUGCGGAGUCAUCUCCCUUUGGUGACUCUCAGUGAGGAUGGAACCACUAUUUGUCAAAAACUCUUCAUCCAGUUCUCAUAUAUGUUGAUUGUCUACAUCAAAGAUAAUGUGUCAAGGGGGUGGUAACAAGUGAUGUAGUAAUAACACUAGUGAUAAUGUAUUCAUUAAGCACACCCAUUCUAUAUUUUCAUGACCUGAACUCCCAUGUAUGUUUUGGAAGUACCUAAAUAAGUAAGCGACAUAAAUUUAAUUUGAGUACUUUACGAUACCACAGACACCUGCUACAAAGUUGGUACAAGGACUCUUUUUCUCCAGAUGUUAACAAGUACUAAGUACUAAGUCAUAUCAUUGGAUGCAAUGAUACAGAGCAUUGUAGUCAAAUUUCAAUUGCCAGGGAACAGUUACAAAACAUGUGGUAUAAUUGAUUUAGUUUCAGCAUUUCUUUAUUCAUAUGUCACUUUGUAAACAAAAAUAAAUGUUUUAAAAUGGCUAUUAUUUGGAAGUAUACAGUAAGCAAUCCUUAACAUUUCCACUGUUGUAUAUAUGAUCUAUGCUGUAGCAAGGUGGGAGAACAAGCUUUAUCUUAGAGUAAAGAGUUGAUGUUUAUUGAGCUCACAUUAGUACCACAAUAUUCUGUUGUUCACCUGUUAAUCAUUUAAUGUAAUGUUUAGAUACUUGAUAUGCUAAAUUUAAGGUUGGGGAAGCUUGCAAGACAAAUGUAUCAAGGACACUCAGCCACAUGAAGAACUUUGACAUGGCUGGAGGUAUCUAUGUGUUAAAAUGUCUCAUCAUCAUAGCACUUUCUUCAAGACAUGCAAAUAUCAUAUAUUUGUGAAGACACCAGCAUUAGCACUGCAGAUGGGCUUCCGUAUGACCAAACAGAUAGCUGCAGUUUCUAUUGGGAUAUAUGUACUUGGUUGUGACGGGAUUUUUCUCUUUCUUUAAGGUUUGUCAACUUGAUUAGUGUUCAGGCUUAUGAUCAGUGUAUAUUGUUAUGAUAUUGGUCUGAUGACUGAGUUUAUUUUAGUAUUUGGUGGUUUUCAUAAUGAUAUAAAAAGCAUGUGUUCAAUUAAGUCAAGAAAUUUGUAGGUCUUGAAUGUUAAAAUUGUAUUUCAAAGUUUAAGAAAAUGAUCAUUGUUUUAGUUUAUUUCUGUUAAGAAUUGUCUCAUUUUCCUCAGCUAUCCAAGAGCAUCACCUCUUACAUGUGCUUUCCACCAGCACACUUUUUAUACAGACAGCUUUGGGUCAUGCAUAUUGGUGUCCCCAUCUCUACAUUAUCUCCCUCAUGCAGGGAUUCAGAUCUGGGACAUUGACUGAUUGUCAUCACAAGUGUUCUGAAGUUUUGUUUUACAUUUGUUAAUGAUGCGGAAUAACCUGUUGAAGUUGAAAAAUUAUGAAAGUUUCCUAGUACCAUUUGUCUCUAGCAAAAUCACAGGAGGUUUACAUGAUUUUUAUCAAUAUUUGAUAGGACAUUCUUCUGUAUGUAUUGUCACCAUAUUUGGAAAAACAUCUUUGGACAUUUUGGAUGUCAGUCAUGUCCUGAAGAUAAAUCAAUCUGAUCCCAAGUGAUGCAACUGUUAUGAGUCUGUUCAAACUCAGUGAUAGCUUGGUUUAAUGCCGCACUCAGUAAUAUUCCAGCUAUAUGACGGCUCUGUAAAUGAUCAAGUCUGGACCAGACAGUCCAGUGAUCGAUAUCAUGAGCAUCAAUCCACGCUAUUGGGAUCAUACAGUUUAGCCUUGCCUCAAUGUACAAUCACUUUUAGUAGUUUAGAAAUCCCAGAUCUGCUAUGCCAUAAAUAUUGAUCGCUAUCCAAGAGAGGUUUGGCACAGCGAGUUUGUAUUUUCAUUAUGAAUUACCAGGUAUCAUUUUUGAAGAUUUGCACUGGAAUCCCAUUUGAAAUCCCAGAUGUUCUUGCUGCAGAGUACUGUUGUGCCAGAAACUUCUAUUUUCUUACUGUACAAUCAUAUAAUCUUACAUGUAUACAAUCAUGUAUUUGUUGAUGCUGUUUAUUGUCUCUAUUUUGUCUUUAUUCUGUUUAUUGUCAAGAUUUUACUUUGUUUUUUGCUUGAUUUCAAAUCAACAUUCAGUUGUGUUAUGUUCGUUUCCUUGCAUAGUCAGGAUUGACUGUAGAAGUUGUACUAUAUCACUUUAUAGUGACACUCACAUUUUGACAUCCAAAUGGCAGUGUUGAUGGAGUGAGUGAUACAUUGAUAUAAUCCAUGCUGUGAUAUAGAAUUUCAAUGAAAACAUCCCUUUGAGGGAUGCCUAGUUGAUCUAUUCGAUCUGUUCAAUAUAAACACAUCUAAAAUCUCUUAGCCUUGGGUUACAAAGUUCUUCAUUCUAACUUUUAUCCAGCUGAUUUGUUUUCAGUUAGAGAUUUUCUAUACGUUUUCAGAGAUCAAUUGAAUGCAUACUGGAUAAAAAUGUAGAUUACACGGUACACCAAACGAUUUUUUUUCAUUUAUUUACUUCUAUUUCCUUGUCAACAAUAUCAAACCUUUAUUUUACAUUUAAAAGAAACUAUCGGGAGCAUAUAUACUCAUCUUAUUCUGUUACAGUUUCUGAUCUAUAAAGUGGGGCUUAGACUUUUGCAUUCCCGGCAAAUUUUAUUACCCUAGAAACAUUUUUCAGUUUGACCCUGUGAACUAGACACUGUGGCUAGACCUAUACAGAAAUUGGCAUCACUUCGAGAUUUCCUCUCACAUCAAGCUGACAUGCCGUUAUAUAACUGCAAAACUGUUCAAAGCGACGUUAAACUCACUCACUCAUUCAAUAUCGAAAUUGGGCAACCAAACCUUGAGGAUGGUCGCUCUUUUUAUGCAUGACAGGAUAUUACCGAUAUUGUCUUAAUGCCCUUGCUAAUAUUUGUAUUAUCUGAAUGACCUUGCUUGUAUCAUUGUUUCCUGAGAUAUACUAAUCAUACAAGAAGUACCGACAUUGCAUUGUGCCAAAUGUGUUAGGGGAAUUAUAUAUUGUCACUAUGUAAAGAAUAUGUAAAAUAUUAAUCAGUCACUGCCUAUUAAUCAGUUUCAGAUAAAUCACAUGUAAAUAUUGUAUAUUGUACAUAGUGUAUAUAUGGGGUCCUACAUGUUAACUCAUAGUGCAUUUAUGAAAUCCUUGGUUUGUUGAACACACGCUUUCACGUUUCUUUCAUGUGUGUUGUCUCAAAUUGCAGUUGGAAUUUAUGAAUUUACAUGAUUGAAAUCUAUUCUCCAAGGUUCCUGUGUGCAUCCUAAAAUUUGAUAACAUUCGUACAAAAGAUUGAUAAAGAAGACAUUAGAGAGUCAGAAAUACUAUCCUCAUUUUUGUCAUUGUCAAAAAUGGUUUGUCCACUUCUGAUUUAAGAACUCUUGUGACAAGUUGUGUAUCGGUAGGGGUGUACAUCUACAACAAUGUGUUCAAUAUGGAAGAGGUUACGAGCAUAAACAUUUGUCUCAACAUUUCUCGCAGCCAGGUGCUCAUGGAUAAUAAACUCAAAUCGAUAAAA